AUGAGUGGGAGUGGGGAUUCUUCCGGUGAUUUCCAAAGCAUCAGAGAUGUCAUCUGCAACGCUGGUGUUGGUGUCGGCGCUGAUGAUUGUGCAAGAGUUCCAGAGUGUUAUACCAUUUCGGAUCUGCUGAGUAGGGCGGUAGGGCCAGAGAACUCGAACUGGUCAUUAAUUCCUCAAAUUAGAGAUAUCGUUCCAUUUUCCUAUAAUUGUGACGAUCCACAGGUCAACCAUACCGAUUACCCGCUGAUUGACAUCUCUGAAGAUGGAUUUCUACUUAGCUUGCUGACCGAUAAUGGUAACGCCAAGGAUGACCUAAGGCUCCCCACCGACGAGACUCUGCUCAGACAAAUCAAGUCGGCGUUCGGUGAUGGGAAGGAUCUUUUGGUGUCUGUUAUGUCGGCCAUGGGAGAGGAGCAUAUAUGUGGUCUUAAGGACAUUGGCCCCAAGAGCUAA